AUGAAGAAGUUUCGGAAGGUGUUGGACGGCUUGACCACGUCCUCUCCGGGAGGGACUAUCGGAUCCCCAUCGUGCGGCAGCGCGGCAGGAACUCCCACCGCGGCGCCAACUCCCAAGGAAAUAGACGUCCAGGAGACGCUGGUGUCGGAAAACUUUCAGCUGUGCAAGACGGUGCGUCAUGGUUUCCCUUACCAGCCCACUGCAUUGGCCUUUGACCCUGUGCAGAAGAUCCUGGCUGUCGGUUCAAGAUCAGGCGGAGUACGGAUACUGGGACGACCUGGGGUGGACUGCUAUUGUCAACAUGAGAGCGGAGCAGCUGUUCUUCAACUGCAGUUCCUCAUCAAUGAGGGAGCGUUGGUCACAGCCUGUGCAGAUGACACGCUACACUUGUGGAACCUGCGUCAGAGGCGGCCGGCUGUCCUCCAUUCACUCAAAUUCAACAGAGAGAGGAUCACGUUUUGCCACCUUCCCUUUCAGAGUAAAUGGCUGUACGUGGGGACGGAGCGCGGAAACACACACAUCGUCAACAUCGAGUCCUUCAUUUUGUCUGGAUAUGUCAUCAUGUGGAACAAGGCCAUAGAACUAUCAACUAAAACUCAUCCAGGACCUGUGGUUCAUUUGAGCGAUAGCCCAAAGGAUGAAGGGAAGCUGCUCAUAGGGUUUGAGAGCGGGACGAUCGUACAGUGGGACCUCCGGGCCAAGAGGGCCGACUUCAGAAUCUACUAUGAUGAGGCCAUCCACUCAGUCAGCUGGCAUCAUGAAGGGAAGCAGUUCAUGUGCAGUCACUCAGACGGCAGUCUGACACUGUGGAACCUCAGAAACACCACCAAGCCAUUCCAGGUCACCUUCCCUCACGGAAAGAUACAGAAGGAUGGGAGGAAGGAGUCAUGUAAACCCAUACUCAAAGUGGAGUACAAGACCUCAAGGAACAGUGAGCCUUUUGUUGUCUUCUCUGGUGGCCUUUCGUAUGAUAAGGCUGGACGACGACCAACAUUAACCAUCAUGCACGGCAAAGCCAUCACUGUGCUUGAGAUGGACUAUCCUAUUGUAGAGUUCAUGGUGCUCUGCGAUACUCCUUACAACAACGAGGUCCAGGAACCUUAUGCAGUGGUGGUGCUUCUGGAGAAGGACUUGAUUGUGGUGGAUCUGACACAGAGCAACUUCCCUGUUUUUGAGAACCCUUAUCCCAUGGACGUCCAUGAGUCUCCAGUAACCUGCACAGCCUAUUUUGCAGAGUGUCCACCUGACAUUAUCCCCAUCCUCUACUCUAUAGGAGCUAAACACAAGAAGACCGGCUACAGCCAAAAGGAGUGGCCAGUCAGUGGAGGAACAUGGACGUUAGGCUCUCACACCUACCCAGAGAUCAUCAUCACAGGACAUGCAGACGGGUCAAUUAAGUUUUGGGACGCAUCUGCAAUCACACUGCAGAUGUUGUACAAGCUGAAGACCUCCAAAGUCUUCGAGAAGCCAAAGCCCGGUGAGGGCCGGGCUGCCGAGUUGGUGGAGGAAGACCCCUUUGCUAUUCAGAUGGUCAGCUGGUGCCCUCAGAGUCGCAUCUUCUGUGUGGUUGGCAUCUCAGCCCACAUUAUCCUGUAUCGAUUCAGCAAAUAUGAUGCCAACACUCAGAUAGUGUCGUUAGAAGUACGCCUGCAGUGUGAGCAGGAGGAUGUUAUCUCUCCAUCGGAGAAUGAAAACAAUCCCUGCUUCUCAGAGCCCAGCUCCCACUCACCACAACCCCACCACCAGCACCCAGCAAGCCCAAGCAGCGGAACACCAGAGGGUCUCAAAGACAGCAUCCCCUGCCUCAAGGUGAAGGACCGGGUGGUGCGGGUCCCCCCUGGCUACCAGGCAGAGCUGGUCAUCCAGCUGCUGUGGGUAGAUGGAGAACCUCCGCAACAGAUCACCAGCCUGGACAUCAACUCUGCCUAUGGCCUUUUGGCGUUUGGGAACUGUAACGGCCUAGCAAUAGUGGACUACUUGCAGAAAACUAUCCUGUUGUGUAUGUCAACACUGGAUCUGUAUGGAGCUGCUGACCCCUACCAGCGCCUUACCCGCUCCCCCCGCCGGAAUAGACAGUCCACCUCAGGUAAGUUUUGCAUGCGUGGCCUGUCUAACUUUUACUCAGAUUCAAAGAAAAGGAUCCGUACAUCCUAUCAGAGCCUUACUGAACUCUCUGACAACCAGCAGUCCAUUGACAUGGAGAGAAGCAAGUCGCCCACUUCAGAUCAUGUCAAUGGACAUUGCACUAGCCCCACCUCCCAGCCCUGCUCGGCGGGGAAGCCUCGCGUCCCAAUGGGUCCCGAGGGACCACGGCUUACCCGCAGAGGCCCCGGCCGACCGCCCUUCCGCAAGGCCCAAUCUGCUGCUUGCAUGGAGAUCUCUUUGCCUGUGUCCCACACUGAAGAGAGUCGUGAAAACUCCUUCAGUCGCUCGCGCAGUUCCAGUGUGUCCAGCAUCGACCGGGACACCAAAGAGGCAAUCACCACACUGCAGUUUGGAGAGUCCUAUGGGCGCAAGAGUGACGCCCUGCCAACCCCAUGUUUGUGGGUAGGCACCAGCUUAGGCAUGGUCUUGCUCAUCCCGAUGUCCAUUCCCACAGACCAGGAGGAGAGGAUGGAGGAACCUGUCACCAUUGGGCCCAGUGGAGCAGUUUUGAUGUUGAAGGGCUCAGUGUUGCGCUUUGGCUUCUUGGACUGCAUGGGAGCUCUCAUUCAGAGCCCCUAUGAGGUUUGGCGGGACCUCAAUGCCCCCGAGGACCCUGACCGACCGCGGAGGCGCAAGCUGGUCCACUUUUCACCAUCCUCCUCCCAGGACGCCUGCGGAGAUGGACAUCUGGCUGUGGUGUGCUCAGAGAGGCAGGCCAAAGUAUUCUUGAUGCCCUCACAGUCUUGCCUCUUUGUCCACAACAUCACAGAGUCAUCAUUUGUACUGCGAGCUGACGUGGUAUCUGUGUGUAACAGUGUGUGCCUGGCCUGCUUUUGUGCCAACGGCCACGUCAUGACACUCAGUUUGCCUAGUCUAAGACCGCUGAUGGAUGUCAAUUACCUGCCUCUGACAGACAUGCGCAUUGCAAGAACCUUUUGCUUCACCAAUGGGGGGCAGGCACUGUAUCUUAGCUCCCCGACAGAGAUCCAGAGAAUUACAUACAGCCAGGAGAUGUGUGACAACCUGCAGGAAAUGCUGGGAGAGCUGUUUACACCAAUAGAGACACCAGAAGCCCAGAACAGAGGCUUUUUAAAGGGCUUCUUUGGGGGAAACGCCAAUACCUUCGACAGGGAGGAGCUCUUUGGGGAAGCAGCAGCCGGGAAGGCAUCCCGCAGUCUGGCACAGCAUAUCCCAGGGCAGGCGGGGAUGGAGGGCAUGAAGGUGGCGGCUAGUGGAGCUGUGGGUGAGCUGGCUCGGGUCCGCAUUGCUCUGGAUGAGAGAGGCCAGAGACUGGGAGAGCUGGAGGAACGAACUGCCCUCAUGAUGACCAGUGCAGAAACCUUCUCCAAACACGCUCAUGAGCUGAUGCUAAAGUGCAAGGACAAGAAGUGGUACCAGUUCUAAUGGCAGGACAGAGGGCUAAGGCUGCCCUUGGACUGUUGAGAGCUUUAUGCCGGGACAGGGACUUUCACUCUACAAAUGAGAGCUAUUAAAAGAAAGACUCAAGAGUGACUUUGUCUUUAUGGCUUGUGGACUAGCUAAUAUGUACGGCACUGUCACAAUGCUGAAAUGACAAGGACGGGCUAGCUCCUUGUCUAGACACGCAGUGAUGAGGACAGAAAGAGGAUGGCGGCAUUUGAAGGACCGAUGAAACUGGAACUGGAAAUAUCCGACA